AUGGCGCCUGAGGCCCCUGCGGACACCGCAGGCCCAUCCUCCCCACCACCCCAACUUCCAGAAGGCUGGCUCCCUCAAUGGGAAGGUGUCGGACGGAAAUGGUAUUACGUACAGCGGACGACUGGGAAGUCGCAAUGGGAGAUUCCGACCGAACCGAUCUUUUUGACCCCGUCAACAACACCGACGCCGAGCGGGGCAGGGCUAUCGCAGGAGCCAAAAUCGUAUCCGACAAGCAACAAUACUCGAGAGUUGGAGUCCACGGACAGAAUGGCGGGCGAGAUGUACUCUGCGGCCGACAGUGCGAAAAUUUCCAACUCCCUUGGCUCCCAGAUAUAUGGGCAGUCGGAAAAUCCAACUUAUGGGUCUUCCGGGGUACCGGGUUGGUAUUCGAAUCAGACGGGUCAACACUUGCCCGGCGGAUAUGAGCAGCAGAUGGCUGCAAACGCAGCCGGAUAUGGCCCGAAUCCGUUACACCAGGGUCCUGUUGGACAUUUGAAUGGUGUUCAGCCGGCGUUCUAUGGGAGCCAGACACAUCCAGGUUAUCAAAUCACGGGUCCACACCACAUAGGCCAAAGUAUCUCCUCAUCAAUGUGGGGUAAUAAUUCAGGUACCUAUCAGGGAAACCCAGGCAGUUAUAACAUGACACAACAUGCACAAUCCUUCCAAGGAUUCUCUGCUGAUCCUGUUGGAUUGCAUAACCACCAGCCACCAGCAUCCUGGGCAAUAACCAGCAAUCCACAGGGGGAAAUGGCAAGGUCAAUGGGCGGAGCUUCCGAUUCCCAACCACAGUGGCAAUUGGAACCACAGCAAGGUCAUUUGAAUGGCUCUGGUGAGGGUGUCCCGAUGAACCUACACCCAUCAAACAUGCCUAAGCCCUUCUUUGGGUCUUACUCAUCGAACCAGCAUGCGGACCCGUCUUCCAGAGAAUUCGCUCGUCGUGUCUCGAAUCCUUCUCUUGUUCAGGAAGGCCAACCCUACCAAACUUCCGCGGAGAACUUCCACAACCAUUCACCGCACUCCAUGGUUGAACAAGGUAGAUUCGGACAAGGCGAGGACCCACGUUCCCAUUCACAGCGUACUACGUCGGACCCUGCUUUGCAGGGAUUCUCACCGCUGCAACAUGUACAGAGUCAAUAUCAACAGCAGCACAUGAUACGAAAACAGUCAGGACCACACCAAGUCAAUAUUGCUCAAGGCCAUCAGCAAUAUCAAAAUCCAAUCGCGCAAGUCGGUGCCAACCAAUACGUUUCGCAGCAUCAAUUUGGUCCCAACGGCGGGCCGACGGGUUUCCCUGAAACAACGCAUGUUCAGCAAGUCCCUUAUCACCAGUCGAGUCAUUAUCCCGAGCAUAUUGAACAUUCACCCGGGGAGACAAGAAGAGGUUCAGAGUCACACUUUGUCAGUGGGCCGUGGACCUCCACGCCGCCUUCUACUGGACAGUACUAG